AUGGGCCCAGACGUGCACUUCUUUGAAAAGGACACGGGGAGCUUUCUGGGCGUUGCGCCGCAAGUACUCGGCAACGCUAGUGAAACGAAAGACGGCUGCACCUUCGAGUGCGACCGGCAGGAGCCAUCGACAGGAACAAUUGCCCAUGGGGUGCAGCUUUUUUCGUACGGAGCUGGUGUCAACAGCUCCACAGAGAAACAGGAUGCGCAAGAAGGGGCUCAUCAACGGACUGUGUUGCUUUCUUGGGGUGAGGACCGGAUUGCACUCAAGGGUGUGACACUUCGAAGUGACGAGGCGAUGCGAAGUAACUCUCUCUUGAGUUAUCGUACAUCAGCAUCAGCGCCUAGCGCGAAGACGCCCUCAUCUUCCUCGUCCUCGAGCGGUGCAGCGACUCUGCUUUCCACCAGAUGUGGUCACGUCGACGUGGAUGCGCAUCGAAGCGCAUUGCACGUUUUGGGGAAGGAAGAAUGGAUUCUGCAUUGUGAACUCGACUUAUGCAGCAGCAGCGGUAGAAGUCGUCCUGGCGGCAGCGACCUGUUUCGACUUAUCGUCAUCACCGCAUUGGGCUCGAUAAAAAAGUUCAUUGUGGAAGUCGUCCCUGAAGUACAACAAUCCGUGUGCGAAGCCUCUCGUGGGUCAUGGCGGUUCCGGAAAGAUGAAGCGUCCCCGCGUCACGAGGCCGCAGACGUCGUUUCUCACUCGGUCUCCUAUGCCGCGGACGUCGUGUUUGUGCCAGAGACCAGCACUGCUGAAAGAGGCGGAGGAGCAAUGGUCAAAAGUACAGGAGGAUUCUCUACUUCCGGCAAGAAAAAUCCGAAGCCUUUCUGCGGCGGCCCGUUUGGCAAGAUAUUCACGGUGUGUCGACGAAGCGGAAACGCGCGCCCAGCAGAGGUCGGGAGCCACCCGAACGCGGCGAUUUUGGACGUUCACGCGGUUCCGGAGCUGGACGGCAGGGUGGUUUUGUCGGCGUCCGACGACCGCAGUGUGCGCAUUUGGGGGGAAGACUCUGAUGAAGAUUCAACGGGAAUAAAACUUACGGAGGAGGGAAAUGACGCUACAACAGCGACUGAUGUGACGAGGAGCCGUUGGCGGCUGCUCGGGCAGCUGACCGGCCACGGUGGCAGAGUGACAUGCGUCCGGACGUUUGACAUCGGUGGAAGUAGAAGUAGGGCAAAGAUGAACAACGAUGGUUCCAAGAGCGACCGCCGCUUUGCUGCAAUCUUCCAGGAUGAUUUUCUGACGGUAACUGCUUCCGAAGACCAGACCGUGAAGGUCUGGAGGGGUUGUACGUGCCUGCGGACUUUCAGUUUGACCGCACCGGGCCGCUUCUGCUUUUUGGAGCGCGCCGCAAAUGAAG